AUGGCCCACUUCGAUAAGCUUAGGAAUCUCUUUGUUUCCAAAUGGGUUUCUCUGGAUUUUGUCAACUGCAACUUUAGGUUAUCAAGAACCAACCUUUGGGCAAAUGGGUCGUGUUGUCAGAGUGCCUUAAGAGAUUUUAGGUUGUAUGGAACCAAAGGGUGGAAUAAGUCAUCAAGUGAUGAUGCGCCGCUCCAGAUUCCACUGGUAGUUAGAAGAGAAGCGCAGGCUGCUUUGUUGGAUUACUUGCAUUCUACUAGGAGUUUGCUUUUUACCGAUGCUGAAAAUAUAAGCGAGAACUCGCCUGCUUUUCUCGGAAAAUUGUUGACGAAAGUGGAAAAUACUAGUAAUAAUCAGGCUGAUAUCCGAAGGGCAGUCGCCAGGUUCUUGAGGUACCAUCCCAUUAACGAAUUCGAGCCUUUUUUUGAGAGUAUGGGUUUGAAGCCCUGUGAGUAUUCAUCGUUACUUCCCAGGCAGCUGAUUUUUUUGAAUGAUGAUCCUGUUUUGAUGAAUAACUAUCAUGUAUUGUGUAACUAUGGAAUCUCCCGGAAUAAGAUUGGGAAUUUUUAUAAGGAAGCUCCUGAGAUUUUUAGGUAUGGUGAAAGGUUCCUGCUGGAAAAACUUCAGUCGUUUGAGAAGAUGGGUCUUAGACAGUCUAUUGUCAUUAAGGUUGUUGCUUCCAGUCCUCGUCUUUUGGUUGGAAACGCAUAUGUGGAUUUUCUGGAUAUACUAGAGAGGUUGAAAGGUGUUGGUAAUGUAAAUGAUUGGAUUGAGAAGCACUUGUUGGAGGGGAAUUCAUACAAUUGGAGCUUGAUUCUUGAGGUUUUGCGUUUGCUUGGUGAGAUUGGGUGCAGUCCGGAGCAGUUGGGAGGUUUAGUUCAGUGUCGCCCAGACCUUGUAUUUGAGAAAUCAGGAGCCACGACUUUAUUACUCAUAGGGUUCUUAACGAAAUUUGGAUCAACCCCAGAUGAGAUAUGUGCUAUUUUCCUGCAGUUCCCUGAAAUUCUUGUUGGGAAGUUUCUCGAGAAUUUGCAGCAUUCAUAUAGAUUUCUUGUUCAAAUCGAAAUGGAUGUCCCAGAUAUUGGAGAUGUCAUUUGUUCAAAUGCUACAUUGCUUGGUUCAAGUGCUACAAAGAGAACGAACAACUUACUUGCUACCAUGAAUGUCGAAAAGGAAUGGUUAUGUGAAGUAGUUAAGGAGAACCCUGAAGUUAUUAAGAAUUGGCUCAUUCGUAAGAAAAAUCCAAAAUCACGAAAGUACGAACCAGAGACAGGAUCGCAGAUGAUGAAAACCAAAUUUUUUUUGGACCUUGGAUUUGAUGAAAAUUCAGUAGAAUUGAAGAGAGCGGUCAAAUGCUUUCGAGGUAAAGGAGCGAAUCUUCAAGAGAGGUUUGACACUUUCGUACGUGCCGGGUUGAACCCGAAGGACGUUGUAGAUAUGCUCAAAGUAGCUCCCCAAAUCCUUAAUUUAUCAAAGGGAGUACUUGAAAGAAAGAUUGAGUUUCUUGUAAAGGAUAUGGGUUAUCCUGUUUCUGUUUUACUGUCAUUUCCGACGUUUACGUCCUACAAGAUACAAAGGGUCAAACAUAGGCUUGCAAUGUAUAAUUGGCUAAAGGAUCAGGGUGCAGCUGAUCCCAAUUUGGCACUGAGCACUUUGGUAUCAUGUGGAGAUAAAUUUUUCAUCGAGAAUUAUGUUCAACGGCGCCCUGAAGGCUUUGAAGUCUGGGAACAGUUAAGGCAAACAAUAUAUUCUCAUGAAAGAUAA